CCAAAACCUAAAAAAUGGUUUGCAUAGACUUACGUUGAUAAGAUCAAUACUGUUCUUCGUCUAUCCUCUAGAUCAAUCAACGCAUACAUACCAUGUACAGCUCCCUUCCUACAAUCGACAAAUCAGCUGUAGAAAAAACUGGCGAUCCACUUUGACGAUUCUACUCAAAGCUUUUGUCCACAUAGAUGUUGAUUUCUGCACCGUUCAUCGUCAAUAAAGACCACAACCCCAACGCUAUCCUUGCCACAAAACGUUUAUCCCAUCUAGAGUGAGAGAGAGGAAGAGAUAAUGAGGUCGGCAAAGUACGCUUCGGCUUUGGUGUGUGCUAUGGCCUUGGCCAUGGCCUGCACCACCCUCGCGCAGAACUCCCCUCAAGACUUCGUGGACGCCCACAACUCGGCCCGGGCGGCCGUCGGCGUUGGCCCCGUGUCGUGGGACGACAAAGUCGCCGCGUACGCGCAGAACUACGCUAACCAGCGCAUCGGCGACUGCCAGCUCGUGCACUCUGGCGGGCCUUACGGGGAGAACCUCUUCUGGGGCUCCGGCGCCGACUUCACCGCAGCUGACGCCGUCAACAGCUGGGUCGGUGAGAAGCAGUACUACGACUACGACAGCAACUCGUGCGCUGACGGCCAGGUCUGCGGCCACUACACGCAGGUGGUGUGGCAGGACUCGACGGCCAUCGGCUGUGCUCGGGUGCAGUGCGACGGCGGCGCCAUCUUCAUCAUCUGUAACUACAACCCACCGGGCAACAUCAUGGGGGUGCGCCCUAUUAGGAAAAGAAAAGUUACAGUGAAAUAUUCUUUUUCCCUCUUUAUAUAUCAAAAUGGAUACCUCAUCAAAAUAACAACUUAAUAUAAAAAUACAUAUUAAACAGAAUAACAUAAACAAUAGAACAAUAAUCAAUCACAAAAUAAGACUAAAUUUUUACGUGAAAACCGAAUGCGAAAAAAAUCACGAGACCGUAGUUCACCUCAAACUUUCACUAUCAAAUAGUAAUGAUAAUAUAUUUGUAAUAAGUCUUCUCUAAAAUAACAA